GUCCUCCUCUCAUCUCACCUUACACUUGAAAGCUCAGGCAGUAAUGCAGCGACACUCUUUCAUCGCUCUCAAUUCCACGUUUAUCGUCGACUCGGAGUAUCAGUUCGUCAAGGAGUUAGGCCAGGGUGCGUAUGGAUGCGUAGUCGCGGCCAAGCAUCGUCGGUCUGGAGAAGGAUGCGCAAUUAAGAAAAUAACCAACAUCAACACCAAGAGAAUCCUCACUAAACGAUGCCUGCGUGAGAUCAAGCUACUGCACCAUUUCCGUGGCCACAAAAACAUUACUCUCUUAUACGACAUGGACAUCGUCUUCCACCCUGACGGCAACUUCGACGAAGUCUACCUCUACGAAGAGCUCAUGGAGGCUGACCUUCAUGCCAUCAUCCGCUCUCAACAACCGUUGUCGGAUGCGCACUUCCAGUCCUUCAUAUACCAAACCCUCUGUGGGCUGAAGUACAUCCACUCUGCCAACGUGCUGCACCGCGAUUUAAAACCCGGGAAUCUACUUGUCAACGCUGAUUGCGAACUCAAGAUCUGCGACUUUGGCUUGGCGCGUGGAUAUAGUCCCAGCGGCGGUAACAACAAUGCUCGCGGUACCGCGAACCAAGGUUUCAUGACUGAGUAUGUUGCCACUCGCUGGUACCGUGCCCCCGAGAUCAUGUUGAGCUUUGCGAACUACGGUCCUGCCAUCGACGUGUGGUCUGUGGGCUGCAUUCUCGCGGAGCUGCUCGCAGGAAAACCGAUCUUCAAGGGACGGGACUAUGUCGACCAACUAAACCAGAUCUUACAUUAUCUCGGUACGCCUUCGGAAGAUACGCUGCGUCGUGUCGGUUCUCCUCGCGCCCAAGACUACAUUCGUUCUCUUCCCAUAAAACCUCGCGUGCCUUUCGCGACGCUAUUCCCCCGUGCAAACCCUCUCGCGAUUGAUCUCUUGUCACAGCUCCUCCACUUCGACCCGGCCAAGCGUAUCACUUGCGAGCAAGCAUUGAACCAUCCAUAUCUUGCCGUUUGGCACGACCCGGCCGACGAGCCUGUCUGCGCCUCGCCAUUCGAUUUCGGCUUCGAGGAGGAGGACUCUAUUGAGGGGAUGAAGCGCCUGAUCGUCGAAGAGGUCCACGCUUUCCGUGCUGAAGUGCGUGCCCAAGCGCGUGCGGCAGGUCAGAUCCGUAGACAAGAGAGUCUUCCGGUGCCAACCCGCGACGAGAUCCUCAACUCGCCUGUGACAGAUCAAGCCCCCUCCAAUGGUGCCACGUCGCACUACACCGGCGGAAAGAGCGAGGCGCGGCCGGGAAGUCCGAUUCUCGAUGACCCAAGCGCGGAACUGGAGCGUGAAUUGGCCAGCACACACAUACGCAGAUGAACCCCAGCUGCAUAUUGCAUACGACUACGGCAAGGUCCGGUAGAACGAUCCACGUCGGCGGGUAAGCGGUUGAGUCUGAGGUUGUAAGAUUCGGUUCCUGGACGUAUAGGAUAUGUCGAUCCUCGCUUGGUUUCGAGCUGUUGUAUCUGGAUAUGUAGACGUAUACCUUGCACUUGACCAGUAAUUCAUUAGUGCGCGACU